GCGCAUGCGCCAAUUUCCAGGAAGUGUUAACAGUCGCUUUAACCAGCUGAUCGCCAAACUGUCAACAUUCAGCCUGAGAUACCUGCUCUGCUGAGGGACAGCUGACACGACCAAACACGGAGUGCAGAGAGGUCAAGGACUCCACCUGCCUGCCAGACGUGACUCGGGUCUGUUGAGAAGUCCGCGUCAGUGCUCUGCUCCAGGGAGGAGGCCCAGCCCCCCCUGACGUCCCCCCACAGCGGGCCACGAUGAGCUCCAGAGGGAGUGGAGGCCGCUCCAACGGCACGCUACCCCAGACCAAGAUCUGCCAGUUCAAGCUGGUGCUCCUGGGCGACAUGGCUGUGGGCAAGUCCAGCCUGGUGCUGCGCUUCGUGAAGGGGCAGUUUGACGAGUUCCAGGAGACGACUAUCGGAGCUGCGUUCCUGGCUCAGUCCGUGUGUCUCGAUGACACCACGGUGAAGUUUGAGAUCUGGGACACUGCGGGACAGGAGCGGUACCACAGCCUGGCUCCCAUGUACUACCGCGGCGCUCAGGCUGCCAUCGUCGUCUUCGACAUCACUAAACCGGAGACGUUCGAGAGAGCCAAGGCCUGGGUGAAGGAGCUGCAGAGACAGGCCAGUCCUAACAUCGUCAUCGCUCUGGCUGGAAACAAGGCCGACCUGGCAGAGAGGAGACUAGUGGAGUACGAGGAAGCACAGACAUAUGCUGAAGACACUGGCCUGCUCUUUAUGGAGACGUCUGCAAAGACAGCCAUGAACGUCAACGAGCUCUUCCUGGCGAUCGCAAAAAAGAUGCCAAAAACAGACACCCAGAACCCCACACAUGCAGCGCGACACCGGGGCGUCAACCUCCAGGACCCGACGCCCACAUCCAGCCGAGCCUGCUGUGGAGGGAACUAGACCUCCACCUCUCGCACCAGUAUCCCACCAUCCUCACCACCACCACCACCACAGCCCUUUAAACAUCCCGCCUCCUUCGACCCCACCUCACAGAGGGGGCCUGAUAACGGGGGACGCCUGGCCAUCCACUCACCCUCCCCCCACCUCACCCUCCAUUCAUCCUGCUGUCCGAGCAGAGUCAGAGACAGACGCGUAGAGGAGAACGAGGAAGACAAGACUUUCUGUUCUCUUCACCACCUGAGAGUCUCUCCGUCUGGGAAGGAGAGGUGUGGAGAAGACUGAGACGGAGAGGAGGGAAUGUGGAGACCGUGGCGAGCCUGUUGUAGUAUUUAGCACUAAGUGUGAUAUUUCUUUGUCUUCAUGCUGCCGUUGCAUCGUUUCAAGCCCUGACGGCGUCAAAAUGCACAAAAUGAGCGGCACAUAGAGAGGGGGACGAGCGGAGGUAGAAACAGAGUCGCUCGGCUGCUUUCUUCUGUAUCUGUGCGCCCGCUUCUUCCUCCUCCUCCUCCUCCUCCUCUUCCUCAUCCUGCUGUGAAUACCGCCACACAUCGACCCCUGGAAUGAUCCCAUAACUCAUAAUCCCUCUCCGUCCUGCCUGACCCUCUCUGGUGUCACAGUCCAGGCCCUCUUUAUAGUAACACUCAUCACGGCACAGUUUCCCAAACGACGCUCCAUUUGUACGUAUUAUUGUCCGGUGUUGACUGCUGGUAGUGACGUCCGGUGUCGUCUUUUAAAGGCGCAACACACCACACACACACACACACGUUCUGUUUCCUUUCAGGUAGAAACUCAAAGUCUGAGUGAGGCGAGCUUUUAAAACUUCUGACUCUGUAGCUUUUUUUGCUGAUUUGUGUUCCUCAUGCAUUUUGGUCCGACGGCUGGACGUGCUUCUUUUUCCUGAUUGUUUGGGUUUAACGCCUUGCUUGAUGCUCACGAUGCACCGCUUACUCUUCUGUAUAAAAGCACCAACACAGACCUGUUUAUGGAGGCAGUAACUUAAAACUUUGGACCUGCUAACUGUUAAACUCGACUCGUCUGUAGCAGAGAGCGAACCCUGAAAAACCCAAAGAACACAGAGCCAGUUCACAGGAAGAGAUUUAGCGACCUCCUGCUCUCAACAACAAGAUUAAAGGGUAUUAUCGUGCUUUCAAACCUGAGACCUACUUUCACUUUUAAUUGGGUCAGAAGAAAGAAGCGGUUCUGGAAGGUGUUGCUCCAGUAGAGGUAAUCCUCCAGGGCAGCUGAGAGUUCAUGUUGUCGUCACAGACGGGCUCAGAUUGUCCGGGAACAUCACAGAUAAGAUCCUCUGACUUCACACAGAAACUGCUGAGUCCUCACUGUCUUUAAAUCCAGCUGAUUUCAUGCACAGUCGUUUUGACGCCCCGGAUCACAGACGCUGCUUUGUGUCCCCGUCUGAAAGCGUUUGUUUAUUUGUGUUGCUGUGUGGUUCUCUGGAUCAAUCCAGAGCUCCUGAGUUUACAGCUGAAGAGGAAUCAUGGAUAUCCCAUUAGCUGUUCAGUGAAAUAAGGAGAAUGAAAUGUGAUCAUACUUUUCAUUUCCAGAAUCCUGAUACUGAGAAUGAGCCGUGUUAGCCGCUUCUUUAUCUCAAGGCUUGCAUGAACUUUAAAGUAAGAAUUCUGUUAACUGCAGAGAAAACAACUUUCUAAUACAUGAUCAGAAUCAGAAAGAACUUUAAUCACAAUGUAUCUCAAGAAUACAAAGAAUUUGACCUCCAGUAUUUUUGCGUACUCCCUGAACAAACAUAAACAGGCAGACACUAAAAUCAAGUACUAAUAAAAAGAUAUAUAUAAGUACAAAAAGGCACGAUGUGCAAUAAAGAAACAAUAGACAAACAUGAUAACGUGCAAUAGUGCAAAGAUGAAGGUGGCUCUGUCCAUGAGGUCUCCUGUGUCUUUGAAACGAAGGCUGCAGCUUUGCCGUUGCAGAGAUCCAGAGCUCGCCCAGUUCAGAAUAUCCAGGCUUCUAAGAUCUCAUGCUUUAGGUUGUUUAGACACACACAGAAUAAUCUGAUCCCAGCAUUGAAUCUCUAACUCUCACUGUUUUUUGUUUAUCGAGUCUGGUGGACUUUGAGAAGAUCGACUUAAUAUCUGUUAUGGAUUUAAGAACAACAUCCAGCUCUUUCUGUGGGGGGGAUCUUUCUGUGAUGCUGGACCAAGAUUCAGAACGACAAUCUGAGCCUCUAAGUUGAUGAAAUGACACUUUAGAGGACGACUUUGACCGAACAGGGCGCUACAAAGGAUAAGAUCCAUUAUCUAUUAUAAGUACAGCUGGUUAUACUUCUGCGUAGAAUCGAAAAGAGGCGGGGCUUGAGCCUCCUUGCUAACAGCUACAGUGUUCCCGCCUGUCAAUCAAGUCAGCACGCCCUUAUUUGGGCAAAACCCAUAAAUUUAAUAUCUUCAAAAUAACGACUUUUAAUAGAAAGAGAAAUGAGCUCUUCAGAUCUACACUCAUUUUUUGAACCAGGCUGUAAACAAUGUUUAUUUUAAAGAUCGUCUCUUUGAAUGGGUGUGUAUGUGGCUUCUGGUGUUUCUGCAGCCAGCCUCUAGUGGACACUUGAGGAACUGCAGUUUUUAGCACUGUCUGCAUGGGCUUCAUAUUUUAAGAGCUGAGGUUUGCCGCUUGGUACUACAAUCGUCACGGACUGCAAGCUCUGUGAUUGGUCCACUCGAUGGCAUUGUAUUUCCUGUAUUGACAUCUCCCUGCUGUUUGAUAAACAGCAAACAUGUAUCAGCUGUAGAUUAACAGAACACGCUCUGAAUCAAUGUGAAACAGUAAACAGAACGUAGCGGGGGCGGAAACAGGCGAGAGAGAGACACACACUGCCCUCCUAGUGUUUUGGAGGAGUACUGCAGAUCGGCGCAGAAGUAUAAACCAGUCAUUUAGACCAAACGUGUCGUUUUAAAAGUUUGAAGAAUCAACCUACAUAUCUGGUUUUAAAAAGAUUCAUGUAGAGAGACUUUAAAAGACCGGGCUUGAUGAAACCUGUCAGAGGAUCUCUCCCCACGUUGUGUUCAAUGUUCCUCCUUCCUGACCUGAUCUUCCAUGACUUAACUAACCUGAGGUCGCGUGCUCGGUCAUGCUCGGUCGCUCGGGCUGAAGAAAAUAAGAAAGAAAAGAUGAGACACAAAAAACAGAAGUGCUAUCCCCGUUUUCUUUUCUCAAAGCUUCAUAGAACGAGCAGAACCACGUCCCUGACAUCAGCUUGUACUAUAAACUAACCCCCCCGGCACCCCGUCUCUAGGCUGUAGUAUCUGUAUGGCUGUUUGUAUGGAUGUAAAGAGAUCUCGGUGAAUCCACUGUAUGUUAAAUAUUACUGUCUUAAUUUGAAGCGAAGGUGUUUUGUUGAUUCUAGCGGAGCACACUUGUGAACUUUGAAUGGAUCUAAUUAAUGUUAUAAAUCUGUUUGGUUUAAACUAAAGUGAAGUCUAUGAAACUUUUAUUUUAUUCAUCAGGUGUUUUAAAAAACACGGCGAUCUAAUUAAAAGGUGUAAAAAAAAAUUGCUUUUUAAAAUCUGCAUCCAUCGCCGGCUCAUCGGACAGGUCUCCAUUCUUCAGGGCUCACAAGUCGGUUCAAUGUUCUGUGCAAUCGAAACCACAAACGCUGAUUCAAAAACAAGGGUUUGAUUCUUUCCAUCGGCACAUUGAGUCUGUGUAGUGUUCAUAAAGCUGUGAAUGAUGCUCUGAGUGCUGAUUGCUUCGA